AUGGCCAUACUGCUGGGGGCAGGUACCUUUCGCCUUUCGCGUGCGAUUUCUCGAUGUGGAUGGUUGGUGGGUUUCGGGGCGCUGACAGCUUUCAGCCUUUUUCACAUCUUCAUCUGCCUGCGGCUUGUGGAGGUCCCACAGCUGAUUGAACGCGACGUGCCCAACGCGACCUUCCUCGCCAAAAUAUUCCUACUAUCGCGCAGUUAUUUCUUUUGCGCGGUGUUAUCAAUGCUGAGCUGGUACGGGGCAUGCGCCAUUCAGUUACAGAAUGUCUUUCUGAACGUCCUGAGUGUCGUGACCCCAGACAUGGACAAGCAUGCUGACGACUUCGAGGAUUUGGACACGCCGUUCGGGUGGAAGAUUGUCGGCACGGUUCUGCUGGCCAUCGUCAUCGUUCCGCUAUCGUUGAAGACGAGCGCUAAGGACCUUCAGACGAAAGCCUCCUACGCCGUUUACUCCAUGCUUGCGAUCGGCAUUAUCGAGAUGACGUGUGCAUCCAUUCAUGGUAUUGCCACCUGGUUCUCUGAUCAUCCUAAUACUUACUGCAUGGUGGGAAAGCAAAUCCCUCAAGGACUCUAUGACAUGGGCAUGGCCUUUGGGGGCAUAGCCAUCUGGCCUUAUGUCUUGGCUGACAUGCUGAACCCAGGCAAUGCCAAGAUUGUAGUCGUCAAGGCGACCACCAGGAUCAUGGUUUUCUACCUGUUCAUGGCAAUGAUUGGCUACUUUGGCUGGGCAAGCACGAUCGAGAAACGCACGCCUUUACAGCAGAUGAUGGAGAUGGGCCUUUGGUACCAAAACGCUGCCCGCAUCAUCAGCGCGCUGUUCGUGCUAAAGACAGUGACCACUUUUCCAUUGACUUUCUGGCCGUUAUAUCGAGAGUUCGAAGCAUUGAUCCAGCUGGACGAUUCGCCAGGUUUGCAGCUUCAUCUGGCAUGGGCCAUUCGCAGACAGCGGCUCUUGAAGAUUGCUACGAAAGUGCUGCUUGUCACCACAUGCAUCUCCAACUUGCUCCUGCCGCUUGAAACUAAACGCUAUUUGAUGGCAAUUUUCAUGGGCCUGCCACUGAAUGUUGGCCAGUUCGUGUUCCCGGCUUGCGUUGGGUGCUUGGCCAUUCGGCGCCACCGACAGAUUCUCAAGAUGAGGAACGAAGCAGUAGAACCUGGAGGCAAGAGCGAAGCUAAGUACGUCUGCAACAGCUUGGAAGUUCACUAUUCUGCCGUCCACGCAGCCGCAGCAUUAAUGAUUGUGCUUGGCAUCGUUUGGUUUAUUGGGACGCUUUGUCAACUCGAGAUAGUGGGCGCUGCUACUCAGUCGUGA